AUGCUCUUCAUAUGGACGGCGUUCAACACUACGGCUGGCGUACUUGGGAAGGCUCCUGUUCUCUUUUCUUACGCUGCGUAUCAUCUACGUGGCGAGACACUCAACAUUUCGUGGAACCACGACCGCUUGGGCAACAACCGGAACAGCACUCGCUUACGAGCGAGAGACGAAACACAAUUGACUUUUCUGGUUACUAUUAACACAGCGGUCCAGAAGCACAUUUGUUUUGUUGCUAUGAUUUUUGUUCGCUGGAAGAUCUCGGCCGGCCCGGCUUCCACAUGA